CGCAAAGAAUUUUCGAAAGAUUCCACAACCUUUCUGCUAUGUUUUCAGUCCAAAUCCAAUUUUCUCAAGGGAAAUGAACUUGAACAUGAAAAUUGAUUGCGAAUUUCAAAUUUCACUACAACCCUAAAUCUCCAAUUCUUCUCACCUUUUCCCAUUCAAAAAAUCCUAAAACCUAGAACGGAAAAAUGGUAAUCCUUCCACUCACAAACCCCAAUGAGCUACUCUCAUCCUCUUCCAUUCCCACUCAUAUUUGCCACAAUGUGUUGUCUUGCUCCUCCUUCACUCUCAGAAACUGCGUUUCUCUGAACCCUGGAACAAGAACAAGCGCUUCCGAGCCCUUGCGACGUCGUUUCCGGCCCGUGACUUGCUCCUUCACGUCCGUGGACCACGCCAAAAUUAAGGUUGUUGGCGUCGGUGGCGGUGGUAACAAUGCCGUUAACCGCAUGAUUGGUUGCGGAUUGCACGGUGUUGACUUUUAUGCUAUAAAUACCGAUGCUCAAGCUCUGUUGAAUUCUGCUGCUGAGAACCCUAUCAAAAUUGGAGAACUUCUGACUCGUGGAUUAGGUACUGGUGGGAAUCCACUUUUGGGGGAACAAGCAGCUGAGGAAUCAAAAGAAGCUAUUGCUAAUGCUCUUAAAGGCUCAGAUUUAGUGUUUGUAACUGCUGGCAUGGGUGGGGGCACAGGAUCCGGUGCUGCCCCAGUUGUGUCCCGAAUAUCUAAAGAGGCAGGUUACUUGACUGUGGGUGUUGUUACUUAUCCCUUCAGUUUUGAAGGACGCAAAAGAUCCUUGCAGGCAUUGGAAGCCAUUGAAAAGCUGCAGAAAAAUGUGGAUACACUUAUAGUGAUUCCGAAUGAUCGUCUACUUGACUUGGCUGAUGAGCAGACACCUCUUCAGGAUGCUUUCCUUCUGGCAGAUGAUGUUCUACGACAAGGAGUACAGGGAAUAUCAGACAUCAUAACAAUACCUGGGCUUGUAAAUGUGGAUUUUGCUGAUGUAAAAGCUGUAAUGAAAGACUCUGGAACUGCAAUGCUUGGAGUAGGUGUUUCCUCCAGUAAAAACCGCGCAGAAGAAGCUGCUGAACAGGCUACAUUGGCUCCUUUAAUUGGAUCAUCUAUUCAGUCAGCUACCGGGGUAGUGUAUAAUAUUACUGGAGGAAAAGACAUAACUCUGCAGGAAGUAAAUAGAGUGUCUCAGGUCGUGACAAGUUUAGCUGAUCCUUCUGCCAACAUUAUAUUUGGAGCUGUUGUUGAUGAUCGCUACAAUGGGGAGAUUCAUGUGACUAUAAUUGCAACUGGAUUCUCACAGUCCUUCCAAAAGACACUGCUAACAGAUCCAAGGGCUGCAAAGCUGCUUGAAAGAGGACCUGGGGACCAAGAAAGCAAGGCAACGCCCUCUCCCCUCAAGUCCUCAAACUUGCCAUCAACAGUUGCAUCUAGAGCAUCCCCACGAAAGCUCUUCUUUUAGUUGCUUAGUGCUUUUACUCUUUUCAUUGUGUCUGUUAGCUGUGUAAUUAUCUUGAAGCUUGAUUGGGGUAUCAUUCUGGUGAUGAUCUCUUCCUUCUCUCUUUCUUUCAUCAAAAAGUUGGCUAUUGUCAUGACUACUGUUUCAGAUUGUUAGGGAUAACGAACAGCUUGCUUGUGACUGACCAAAACUGCAUUUUUUUGUCAAAGG